AUGACUCCUACACAGAACGCAAUAGAAGAAGCAGAGAAGAGAGCAAGGAAAGCAGUAGACGAGGAAGCAAGCGAAGAAAAAGAAAAAGAAAGGAAGCUUAUACCUCGUCCCAGAGACCGGGUGACGUAUUUUGUGGCACAACAUGAGUACGGAAGGACAAUCACACUCCGCGAAAUCGAAAUGGGAAAGGCGUCCAAGGUUGCGGACCCCUUACCAUACCCUGGGCCUAUACCAUGCCUCAAGUCUUUAUCAUGGAUCGGCUCUGGCUGUCUCAAAGAAUUUUUUCAAUGGCUUCACCGGUUCGACUUCACUCAAGAUGACGAAUACACUUUUAGUAUAUUUCUUUGUGGCGUCUACGACACGCUACGUAUCUUUCGGAUUCAAACUCAGCCUGACCCGUUGUACUUCGACCCCGAUACUUCUUUGAUGCCAAUGAACGCUGCCGGCGCAACUACACCUGACAAGAAUGAGGAGUUUAUGGACCUUAUUCAUGAGUUCGACCCGGCUCUUCAAGUAGAGCGCGGCUCUAAUACCGAAGAAGAACCUGUUCUCCCUCUACGGUUCGGCCUCCCUGUGGGAAGAGUGAUUAAUCAAGACCCGUAUUACACGGUGGAAGACGGCGUUUUUGGUGUAUUUCAUAUGGUCUUCCAUCCAAUUGACAAGAGCUUUUGGUUGGUGCGGGAUCGCUAUCUCGGCAUGGAGAGGUUCACGAUUGACGACCCUGAGGAAGAAAUGAAGCCUCAAUUUGAAGAAGUGGACAACCAAACACGACGCCGGUGGCUAAGCGUGAAAUUUGGGGAGCAGAACCAUCUGCAGUUUGCCGAGGCCUUCCGCUUGGGGACAGCGGAUCUUUGGUUCCCCGAAGGCUUGGGUCUCAGCGAGCUCGACGCCGGCGAGCGCCUUCCUCGAUUCAACGACGAAAGAGACGUGCCGACUAUUGAUUUCUCCCGCAUUCCAAGCGUACCGCUGUUCCCCGACGACGAGCCCCUACAAGUUCACUACGCACGGCGCUCCGACUUCAUGAGCUAUCUUGGGGAGCACAGGGUGGCGAAGGGAUGCUCAUGGCUCAGUGUGUCACUGCCGCUCGAGCACUAA